GCCCCGGCCAUGGCCCCGCGCGGCUCCGGGCAGCGCUGCCGCCGCCUCCUGCUCCUCCUCACCUGCCUCUUCGCUCUCGUCCCCGGCCAACCUGCCGCCGGCCCGCCCGCCCGUGCCCCUCAGGCGGGUGCAUCUGAACCUUCUUUUAUUGCUAAAAGUGAAGAUCGUUUGUUUAAACAUUUAUUUGAAGACUAUCAGAGAUGGGUUCGUCCUGUGGAACGCUUGAAUGACACCAUAAAAAUAAAGUUUGGUCUGGCAAUCUCUCAACUAGUAGAUGUGGAUGAGAAAAAUCAAUUGAUGACAACAAAUGUCUGGCUGAAACAGGAAUGGAUAGAUGUAAAAUUAAGGUGGAAUCCUGAAGACUAUGCUGGAAUAACAUCUAUUCGUGUCCCAUCAGAUUCUAUUUGGAUUCCAGAUAUUGUGUUGUAUGACAAUGCAGAUGGACGUUUUGAGGGAACAUCUACAAAAACUGUGGUAAAAUAUGAUGGCACCAUUGCUUGGACUCCACCAGCAAACUACAAAAGUUCUUGUACUAUUGAUGUAACCUUCUUCCCCUUCGACCUCCAAAACUGCUCGAUGAAAUUUGGUUCCUGGACUUACGAUGGCUCGCAGGUUGAUAUCAUUCUUGAAGAUUAUGACGUAGACAAAAGAGACUUUUUUGAUAAUGGAGAAUGGGAAAUAGUGACUGCAACAGGGAGCAAAGGAAAUAGGACUGAUGGAUGCUGCUGGUAUCCUUUUGUUACAUAUUCAUUUAUUAUUAGACGCUUGCCACUUUUUUAUACCUUGUUUCUUAUUAUUCCUUGCAUUGGGCUUUCGUUUCUAACUGUCCUUGUCUUCUAUCUUCCUUCAAACGAAGGUGAAAAAAUUUCACUCUGCACUUCAGUACUGGUAUCUUUGACUGUUUUUCUUCUCGUUAUUGAAGAGAUUAUCCCGUCAUCAUCUAAAGUUAUCCCACUCAUAGGAGAGUACUUGGUGUUUACUAUGAUAUUUGUGACCCUGUCCAUUGUGAUAACUGUCUUUGCUAUCAACAUCCAUCAUCGCUCUUCCUCUACACACAACGCUAUGGCACCUUGGGUUCGCAAGAUAUUUCUUCACAAACUUCCCAAGCUGCUUUGCAUGAGGAGUCAUGUAGACAGAUACUUUCCUCAGAAGGAGGAAACAGGAAAUGCAAAUGGCUCAGAGUCAUCCAGGAACACCCUGGAAGCAGCUCUAGAUUCGAUCCGAUACAUCACGAGGCACGUUAUGAAGGAGAAUGAAGUCCGUGAGGUUGUUGAAGACUGGAAAUUUAUUGCUCAGGUGCUUGAUCGAAUGUUCUUAUGGACUUUUCUUCUGGUUUCAAUAAUUGGAUCACUGUUGUUAUUUAUUCCUGUUAUUCAUAAAUGGGCAAGUAUAAUAGUUCCUACACAUAUAGGCAGUACAAAUGGAUAAAAGAUUUUCGGACUUGUCUCCUGCUAAUAUGGCUCCAAGGAGAUUUGCAGUAGUUCUGUUUCCAUACACAUUCUUUGUAGGCAUGUUUCUGAUAGAAAUAAAUCCCAAACCAGAAAAUUAUGUUUAUAUUAAAGCAUGACAUCCCUAGCACACAUAGAAGUCAAUUUGCUUCUUGCCAGUCUGCUAAGUUGCUUCUAAAUGAGAUCAGAAUUAAAAGGAUCUUCUCAAGCACUUGCAUGUCAGAAAAGCAUAUGCUGACACCUACUGCAAAAUAGAAAGAUUUAAACAUUUUGAAUGAUAUCACUGUAGUCCAAUUAUUAAAUUACUAUAUAAAUUGUCAUACUGAGUAUUAGAUACUGGUAGAUAUUUACACAGUACAGUUGCUUAUUUCAAUUUACUGUAGUAUGCAAAGGAGAAUUUUUAUCAGCUCUCUUGAAUGUGUUGUAAAAGUAUAAAGUAGCUACAGGACCAAUUUAAAAUAAUAAUAAAAAUACCAGUUAAACUUCCCAUACAUUCAAGAUUAUAGUAAAAAUAGCAGUUUGGUUAUGUUUUGCCUUUAGAUGUUUUCAGUGGAAUUUGCUGCUAAGUUUAAAACCUUAGUUAUAUCAUACUAACAUGAACAUUUAAUACAGUAAGCCUUAAAAUGUCUACAGGAUACACAUGUAACAGGAUGUCUGAAUCAGCUAUGGCCAGGAAGACAAAGACAAAUGAAUAAGUUCUCAAGUAGCAUAAGUAUUUGCAUGGACCAGAACAUUCAGAUUUCUUUAUUCCUGAUGCAGAAUUUGAUACAGUGUUAGUUGCAAACACGUUAAUAAUUCAAAGUAAUGCAGAAAUGCAGGAAAUUAAGUUUUUAAGCACAAGUAGAAGGCAUUUGGGCAAUGCCUCUCUGAAGUAAAUGAGUUGAAAGUUAUUAUCCUGUGUAACCAAAUACAGAUUAUUAAAUUUUCACAGUGUUAAAACACAACUUACAAAUCUACAUUUAAUAGGUUCUCUCACUUAUAGAACCUCAUGUAACUGAGCAGCAGAGACAGCUUUCCAUACUUCCUUUUUUCUGAGUGUUAGAAGCUAACUUGCAGCUUUCUAAUUAUUCCCUUAAAAUAAAUUAUUUCAAUACUGAUUUACAUUAAUUCCAAUGCCACCUUUCUUAAAGCUUUAUUUGUGUAAGAGACUCUAAAAUAGUGUUUUUCCUACACCAAAGUUUUGCCAGUGUAUUUUGUAACAUAGUUGCAUCCUGCAGGGCUAAUACAGUCAUGCCAAGCUAGAGGAAGUCUUGGUAAGUUUUUAUUUGCUUAAAUUACUACAUUAAUAAUAACAUGCUUACUUGAAAAGUUUAAUGUAAAUUGUGGUAGCUUUUAUAAUGGGAGUUUUUAUAGUGGUUAUGAAUUUGGGAAACAGGUACAUUUUCUCUGUCUCUGUAUCUCCUCUAGAACAGCGCUGUUUGGCACUGAACUGAUUAGAAUACUGAUUGCACAGGUCAUAACUUAUCUAUUGAUUUCAAAUUGUUUUUACCUGUAGGACACUCUUGGUUUUCUUUAGCUUUUUAAGGCUCACAGGCAGGGAAAUUAUGCCACAAAAUCCCCAAUUUAUAAAUAAUUUUGAUUGCAAAGGGAGUCUCUCUUCCUCUUCAGUUAUACAAAUACAUCUGGCAUUGGAUAUUAAUAUUUUCUCUAUUCCCAUCAUAAUUAUUUGUAAAGGUAACUCUGCAAAGAUUAUCCAAUUUAAUCCAUGAAUAUACUAAUUUUCACUUUCUCAGUAUGACUAAGAUUAAACAAUGCAUCAGUGACUUUCUUUGUGUGGAAGUUACAGAAAUCCUUCAGAUAUCUUCUUUCAUUUUCAAAUGCAAAAUGUCUUUUUAUAGUCUUCCUUGGGUUUAAAUUACUGAAAUUUACCCUUACCUGAAGAGAAGGCAAAGUCAAUAGAACUAUAGGUUAGUCUUGUGGUUUAGGCUCAGUUGGCUGGAUAUAUCUGUAUAGAUAUUUUAUUUGCCUUAACUCCCCACCUCAUCUUUUCCUCCUAGUUAAAUGAUGUCUGUAAACUGCCCAGUUGUACCAUGUGAUGGGCAGCAUAUUCACCAGUGGAGUCCCAUUCUUUACAGUAGUAACUCCCAAUUUUUGCAAAUGCAUGAAUUUUAGUCACUUCUACAAUCUGAUAAAGAUAAAUGCAGAUAAGAAAGCUGACAUUAGAAUCCUUGGGGUCAUCACCUUAUCAUGAGGUGUGUCUGAAACAAAAUGAUUCUAAUAGGCUCAGAAGCAUGGACCUUUACUUAUGUAACUUAUUUCUGAAUGUGUUCAACUGUAGCUAAUGCUACCUUAUAUAGGUUUUUGUCACUUCAUCAAAAUAAAUUAAAAAAAGCACCAUUUUCAACAGCUUGGUUCUCUUUAUUUUCAUAAAUGUUGCAUCACUUGAUACACUGUCUUUCCAAAAGUUUCCAGUUUGGUACAGAGAGAACAGUUCAUGUUUUUACAAAAUACUUUCUCAUUACAGUAUUUUGUUGCAUUCUUUUUUCAUGCUCUUAAAUUAUCUGCUCUUACUGAUUAAAAAAAAAAAAAAAGUACACCUAAGAAGCAAUUUUAGCAUACUCUACAGGACUAUUUUUUGUCUACCUGCCUUCCCUCACCAGGAAACACUUUGCUGCAGCAGGAUGAUUCUGGAUCCAAACCAUCUUAUCAAAGUAUUUUGAUCCUGUGCAUAACCUGCAGGCUGCAUCCUAGUGUGUGUUUUACUUAUACACAGUUUUAAACAUGAUAAGGUAUGAACAGCUUGUUUCUUCUGACAGUCUUCUCAUACAUUGAAAUAUGGGGAUGCAGAGAGUUUACAUGAUGGCUGCUUUAGUACCAUUAUCUGUUGUUGUUGUUUGUUUUCCUUUUGUAAUAAAGCUGCCCCUGGUCCUUUCCUCCCAUCAUUUCAGUCGGUUUAUACACCACGUGACAAUGUCUGCAUCCCAGCAAUUUGGUAUCUGUGCUUCCUAAACCGUUUCAUCCUCAUGAGGGUGUUCAUUGAACUCAGAAUGAACUUCUCAGUAUGAACUUCUCAGAAGAUCCUGUCAUGGUCUGAAGAGACUUGGCACCAGACUCAUGGAAACCCAUCUAGUAGCCCAAAGGACAUCUGUCUUGACUUUCUGAAUAUUCAUGUCAUUUUCGGUUUCUUUAUUGACCCUUUCUUAAACCAUCCCAAUAAAGUUUAAUGUACGACCCACAUCUUUUCCAGUUACUGCAAAAAGUAGCUGUCAAGCAUAGGUCAUAUUCUUUUGAUACUAGCUUUCAUAAAAGUUAACUUUUUUUUUUUGUCUUCACAUUUUUAAGAAAGCCUUCUUGGUCAAGCAAAGUUGAGGCCAAGAGAGAUCCUUAUUCUACCACACACAGAAGAGACAUCAGGUGC